AUGUCAAGUGGUGUGAGCAAUGAGUAGAUAGGAGAGUUAGUGGAUCACCUAAACUAAGAGCACGACAGCGAAGAUGAAGGCAUGGAAGAUUAUAAGAUAGGAGGAUAUCACCCAGUUCAUAUUGGCGAGGUGUUGCUGAAUCGUUAUGUUGUCAUUCAGAAAUUAGGGUGGGGGCAUUUCUCGACUGUGUGGUUGGCUAAGGAUUUCAAAUAUGACACAUAUGUGGCGCUAAAAAUUCAGAAGAGUGCAUCGCAUUACUUGGAAGCAGCAUACGACGAAGUUGAGAUCCUAUAGAAGGUGGCGCAGAAUGUGCAAAAUCCUGUUUGGAUCCAAUCAUUAAAAGAUUAUUAUGCAGAAGAAGGACGCACUCAUUUCAAUCGGGAUGAUACUCACACAGUGCAAUUGUUAAAUUCAUUUGUCUACAAAGGACCCUAUGGACACCAUUUUUGCAUGGUUUUCGAGAUUUUGGGUGUGAAUCUCUUGGAAAUAAUAAAACGAUACAACUACAAAGGAUGUCCAAUGGACAUCGUGAGGAAGAUGGCCAAGCAGAUAUUGAUUGGUUUGGAUUACUUACAUAGGAUUUGUGGUGUUAUUCACACUGAUUUGAAACCGGAGAAUGUGCUACUAUGUCUAUCAGAUGAGGAGAUCAAAGACAUUGUGGAGAAUGGGCAAUUGACAUCAAAUCAACUGUUUUCAGAUAGGAUUCACAUCUAUCGAAAGAUGUUGGGCAUAGUUAAAGAGGAGAAGAAGAAGGAAGAGGAAACAGAGAAGGAGCAUGAGGAGGAGGAAGAGACUCAAAUGAGUAAGACUCAGAGAAGGAAGUUGCAGAGAAAGAAGAAGAAGAAGUAAGACCAUGUGAAUUAAGAAGAGGAGGAAGAGAUGCCUAAGUCAAUUAAGGAUCUCUUUAAAUAGGAUAAUCAAAAAAAGAUAUCAUUUAAGACUCAGAAGCCAUUGCCUGACAAUUUUAGAGUGAAGAUUGCAGAUUUGGGAAAUGCAUGCUGGAUUCAUCAUCACUUUUCCACAUUGAUUUAAACCAGACAAUACAGAUCUCCAGAAGUGUUAUUGGGAAUUAAGUACAAUCCAACAGCAGACAUAUGGAGUUUUGCAUGCAUGAUAUUUGAAAUGCUUACAGGAGAUUAUCUGUUUGAACCCAGACAAGGGCCAAACUUCUCAAAGAAUGAGGAUCAUUUGGCUCAGAUCUAGGAAUUGUUAGGCAAGUUUCCUUAUGAAUAUGGGACAAGGGGAGCAAAGGCUAAACGAUACUUUUCUUAGAGUGGAGUGAUGAAGAGAAUUCAGCAAUUGCAUUUCUGGAAUCUAUAUAAUGUGUUGACUGAGAAAUACAGAUUCAAAACGAAGGAGGCCUUGUCAUUCUGUUCGUUUAUGAUGCCUAUGUUGCAUCAGAUGCCAGAGUAUCGCACGACUGCUCAGGAAACACUUAAGAGAGAGUUAUGUUGUAAUGCAAGUAGUGAAUAGGUGUUGAAACGCUAUAUCGAUCAAGUGUUUUAGUUCUAGAAUUUUAGAGAGUACAUUCCUUCUUCGGGAUGGUUCAAAUAGACGACUGAUGAGAAAGUUGGACAUAAGAUGAGUGAGGAGGAGUACAAGAAGUUUACUGCUCAUAAGAAGGUCAAUCAUGAGCAGGAAGAAUUGGAAUAGGGGUAGAUUUGCGAAGGGAUUCAACCCACUCUCUUGACUAAUUAUAGAAGAGCAUCUACGAGGUCUUAUGAGGGGUCGACUUCUUUGACUCCUGAGGUAGAAGUUCUACCAAAGAAACAAGGGAAGUAUGUUGACCAUAGGGUGAUUGAUAGAUCGUUCACUGAUUUGGGAUACAUAGGAUAUGGGGAAGGAAUUAAUUUGGAAUAAUUAGACAGUACAGGAAAUUGGUAAUUUAGUUGAGUAUUAAAAACACAUAUAUUGAUUCGAAAGAUUAUUAAUUAUUU